GAGCCAGCCCGGAGGAGGGGUGAAGGAGGUUGCUGGCGGCGACUGCCUCGCUCGCUCGCCCUCACCGCCGUCUGCCCCCAGCUCCAGGCACCAUGUUCCGCGAGGCGCCCCGCAGCCACACCCUCCCCCGGCUCCCCCAGCUGCAGUUGCUGCUUGUGCUGGUGCAGGCCGUGGGGAGGGGGUUGGGCCGCGCCAGCCCCGCCGGGGGUCCCCUGGAAGAUGUGGUGAUUGAAAGGUACCACAUCCCCAGGGCCUGUCCCCGGGAAGUGCAGAUGGGGGAUUUUGUGCGCUACCACUACAAUGGCACUUUCGAGGAUGGCAAGAAGUUUGACUCGAGCUAUGACCGCAGCAGCUUGGUGGCCAUCGUGGUGGGUGUGGGGCGUCUCAUCACCGGCAUGGACCGAGGCCUCAUGGGCAUGUGUGUCAACGAGCGGCGACGCCUCAUCGUGCCGCCCCACCUGGGCUACGGCAGCAUCGGCGUGGCGGGACUCAUCCCCCCGGACGCCACCCUCCACUUCGAUGUGGUCUUGCUGGACGUGUGGAACAAGGCGGACACCGUGCAGGUGAGCACCUUGCUGCGCCCGCCCCACUGCCCCCGCACGGUCCAGGACAGCGACUUUGUCCGCUACCACUACAAUGGCACGCUGCUGGACGGCACUGCCUUUGACGCCAGCUACAGUAGGGGCGGCACUUACGAUACCUACGUUGGCUCUGGCUGGCUCAUCAAGGGCAUGGAUCAGGGGCUGCUGGGCAUGUGUCCUGGGGAGCGAAGGAAGAUCAUCAUCCCUCCAUUCCUGGCCUAUGGCGAGAAGGGCUAUGGGACUGUGAUCCCCCCACAGGCCUCCCUGGUCUUCCACGUCCUACUGAUCGACGUCCACAACCCCAAGGACACUGUCCAGCUGGAGACACUGGAGCUGCCGCCUGGCUGUGUCCGCAGAGCCGUGGCCGGGGACUUCAUGCGGUACCACUACAAUGGCUCGCUGAUGGACGGCACCCUCUUUGACUCCAGCUACUCCCGCAACCACACCUACAACACCUAUGUGGGGCAGGGCUACGUCAUCCCUGGGAUGGACCAGGGGCUGCAGGGCGCGUGCAUGGGCGAGCGCAGGAGGAUCACCGUCCCCCCACACCUCGCUUACGGGGAGAACGGGACCGGAGACAAGAUCCCUGGCUCUGCCGUGCUGAUCUUCGACGUCCACGUCAUCGACUUCCACAACCCUGUGGAUCCGGUGGAAGUCAAGACGCUGGCCCAGCCCCCCGAGACCUGCACUGAGACGGCCAGGACCGGGGACUUCGUUCGAUACCACUACAACUGCUCUCUGCUCGACGGCACCAGGCUCUUCUCCUCCCACGACUAUGGGAGCCCCCAGGAGGCGACUCUUGGGGCCAAUAAAGUGAUCGAAGGCCUGGACACAGGCCUUCAGGGCAUGUGUGUGGGAGAACGGCGCCAGCUCAUCAUCCCCCCGCACCUGGCACACGGGGAGAGUGGAGCCCGGGGGGUCCCUGGUAGCGCAGUGCUGCUGUUUGAGGUGGAGCUGGUGUCCCGGGAGGAGGGGCUGCCCGCCGGCUACCUGUUUGUGUGGCACGAGGACCCUCCUGCAAACCUGUUUGAAGGCCUGGACCUCAACAAGGACGGCGAGGUCCCCCCAGAGGAGUUCUCUACCUUCAUCAAGGCUCAAGUCAGUGAGGGCAAAGGACGCCUCAUGCCUGGGCAGGACCCGGAGAAAACCAUCGGGGACAUGUUCCAGAACCAGGACCGCAACCACGACGGCAAGAUCACGGUGGAGGAGCUCAAGCUGAAGUCCGAUGAAGACCAGGAGCGCGUCCACGAGGAACUCUGAGGGCGGGGCCUGGGGCGGGGCCUGGGACCUUACAGUCACCCUCCGCUCCGCUGGGACACGCCAAGGGGCGGAGCCAGUGGUCAGGAGCUAGCUGGCCCUCCCACCUGCCCUGGAGGAGAGCGCACAGCGAGCCCUGUCUCUUCUCCCCUGAAACCCCUUCCGCUUGCCGGAGUCGCCUGUCUGGGCACUGCGGAACUGGGGGUUGAAUGGGACCAUGGUUGGGCCCCGCCCCCACCUCCCCUCUUCCUCACUACACUGAGCGAGGCCAACCCCCUCAUUUCUCUACCCCCCUCGACUUCCCCUUUAUUUUAAAUGUUCUCCUCAUUCAGCACCCUCCAUCUCCAGCCCCCAUGUCCUGCCAAGGACCAACCCCCAAGAACGAAAGCCAGGCUGGUCGGAUCCCCCUUCAUGUCUUCCUCAGCUCUGGCUGGCUCUUAAAAGGGGGGCAGCCCCCCUCACCUAGCCCAUCCCCCCCACCGAGGCGACCUGGGGGCCUCUUCCUCAGAAGGCUGCUUUCCCAAGGGCUGAGCAGAGGAAGAACUGGGAGUGUGUGAGCCUACCGCUGGGUCUGGGCUGCUGAGCCCCUGGUUCCAGGCUGGGGUGGGCUGGGAGAGGGGCUUUCGGGGGGCCAAGGGAAGAGCGGGUGCAGAGCCCUGAACUGGUGUCAGGUCCCUUUCUCCUUUGUGCCAAAUAAAAGGCUAA